CCCAACAAAGACAAGUUGUGCACCCGCAGACACGUACACAUGCGCCCACUUUCUUUUUGUUCCCCCAAAUUUCCUCAAUUUUUCCUCUCUCAAAAUUUCGGGACCACCGACGACUACGCUGACCAUAUUCUCUCCGAUCUCCGUCGUGCCGCCGAACCGCCUGCGGCCGUAUAUUCAGAAUAGUUUAAGAUGAAAUUGAACAUAAGUAGCCAUUGCUGGAUUUAAGCUCCGUGUUCUGAAAACUCUAUUUUUGGUUACAGUUUCAACUACUUUUACCCUUCACUGCCGGAGAACAGAAAUUGAAAUUUUUUGUCAUUCCAUGCCAUGUUAUCCAGAUAGCUUUAGACCAUGAAUGAUUCCACAGCUUCCAAGGACUCUUCUUCUGGUAAUCAAACUGCCCCUCCAAAAUCAACUGCCAAGAAAACGCGAAAUCUCCCCGGAAUGCCAGAUCCCGAGGCGGAGGUGAUUGCUUUGUCGCCAAAUACUUUGUUGGCUACGAAUCGGUUUGUGUGUGAAAUUUGCAAUAAAGGGUUUCAAAGAGAUCAGAAUUUGCAGCUUCAUAGGAGGGGUCAUAAUUUGCCUUGGAAGCUUAGGCAGAGAUCAAGUAAAGAAGUCAAGAAAAAAGUGUAUGUGUGCCCCGAACCUGGCUGCAUUCACCACAGUCCUUCACGGGCACUGGGCGAUUUGACCGGGAUCAAGAAGCAUUUCUGCAGAAAACAUGGUGAAAAGAAGUGGAAAUGCGAGAAAUGCUCAAAAAAUUAUGCCGUUCAAUCUGAUUGGAAGGCACACUCGAAGAUAUGUGGAUCGAGAGAGUAUAAAUGUGAUUGUGGGACUUUGUUUCUGAGGAGGGAUAGUUUCAUUACACACAGGGCCUUUUGUGACGCAUUAUCGGGGGAGUGUGCAAAAAAGAAUACAGCACUGGCACCUCCUAGUACUGAUGAGGAUCCGAAAAUUCAAACUGUUAUGCCAUCACCAAGUCCACCAGCGGUGGCAGCACCAUCAUCACCGCCACUGGAACAACCACCGGCACCACCACCACCGCCUCCACUACAGGCUUCACCAUCAGCUCCACCUUCCACUGCUGUCGUGUCCUCUGUUCUUCCUUUUCAAAAUCUAGAGUUGCCUGAAAGCGCCAGUCACAAUCUAACUACUGCACGAAUUUUUGAGGAGGCGCCAUCAGUAUCCGACUCGCCUGCAAAUUGUAGCAGCAACAGUCUUUCCAGCAGCAAUGGUAGUACAAGCAGUAAUGUUCUUGCCAGCUUAUUUGCUUCAUCAACUUCUUCCAGAAGUUUACAACCUCAAGCACCCAGAUUUCCCAAUUUAUUCGAAUCUAUGGCUCGUUCUAAGCAGACAUCUGACAUUGCACUCUGUACAUCUUCAGAACCCAUAUCUCUCUGCCUUUCGAUGAACCAAGGGCCAUCAAUUUUUAAAACAGCAGGGCAAGAGUGCAUGCAGUAUACUCCUCCGCCACAGCCUGCUAUGUCUGCCACGGCAUUGCUUCAAAAAGCUGCUCAGGUAGGGGUAGCUGCAUCAAAUGCAUCAGUUCUGAGGGGGUUUGGAUUAGUCUCUUCUUUGUCACCUUCAAGUGAACCCCAGAGAUGGGGCAGGCAAGAGAUUGAGUCCGAGGGUGCAUCAUUAGUUUCUGGUCUUGGACUCGGACUUGGACUGGCCUGUGAUGGGGGAUCUGCUUUGACAGAACUGAUGUUGGGAACUCCAUCGGUUUUCGGUCCGAAGCAUGCUACUCUCGACCUUCUAGGAUUAGGGAUGGCUGCCAAUGGCGGCUCUACUGGUGGGCUCUCUGCUAUAAUGAAAUCCAUCAAUGAAGGCCUUGACGUUGCUGCAGCAGCGGCGGCAUUUGGUGGUGCCGAAUAUUCUGGCCAAGACAUGGGGAGAAGUUCAUGACACGCGCAUAUCUUAUUUUGUCGAGAGCGAUAGCCAAUACUUGUUAGUUUACACGGGAUGGCUAUAUGUCAUGCCUGCGCAUAACAUCAUUGAUUAAAUGAUGUGUAGGUAGCAACAUUUGGUAGGCCAUUGUAUUAGUUCUCCGAAAUGCACAGGUCAACAGUGGCAGAGAAGUGGUUGAUCCUCUUCAAUGCUGUCUGCUGCCUUCUGCUGGAAACGGUGACUGGAACUAUGUAUUCAGUAAUUAAAGGUUCGAAUACCCUUUCUUCUCAUUAUUUAUCAAGUAGUUUGUUAGAUUACAUGAACGCUAGCCGGGAAUGGUCCAAACUAGAAGUAGACACAUGCUGCACUAUUAUAUGGAGUGUGAAUAUUGAUACAUUGGAUUUGAAUUGCUUUGUGUUUAUCAAAUGCGAAUGCGAGAGUAAUAACAUGAAGAGUUCAGACAAUCUAUAUUCCAGCA